AUGAGAGCAUCUGAAAAAGGGGGGUGCCUUAAUGCUGUUGGAAGUAUAAGCACUGCUGAGCAUCUUCGACGCCUGGCUAAGGAAUUGAAUAGACAACCUCUGAUGACCGAGUUGAUUGCAAGGACUUGGACAAAGAAAACAAGAGGUUUUGUUGACGAGCGUACACAAAAAGCUAUGGAUGAUUAUCAGACAUUGCUUGUACGAUUUUUGAAUAUUAAUCCUCAAUAUACUCCAAGACCGGGAGAGCCGCUUCAUCCGGAUGUGGAUUUUUAUCUUUGGAGUAAAGUCAUUGGAGGCAAGGGGCCUAACGGGUAUUUUUUUGGUGGUGGAAAUUUGGCAGGCACCUUGAGACCAGAUGAUAGAACUCUAUAUCAAAGAAUUAUUGACGGGGAAGGAGGUUCACGUCUCGUAACUUUGACACCGGAACAACAAGAAACCGUAAGACAAUUGGCGGUAAAUGAGGCGAGACGCGAUGCGGCAGAACGUUAA